AUGGGGGCCAUUUUCUCUAGCAUCUACCGGGUCUACCUUGAUCUGAGCGCCGUCAUCUCCGAGCUCAGUCAAACUAAACACUCUUUUGAUUCGCUCCUUGCUCGUCUCUCCAUUGUCACACUUCCAGUCCCAAAUCCAUCCAAAUCGUAUUGGCAAGAAGAUCCGCCAUUUCCAAACUUAGUUGACGCCCAGUCUCCCGAUUUGCCAACUACAGCCGAUGUUGUCAUCAUUGGCUCCGGUAUUUCCAGCGCAAGUGUGGCAUAUUCAAUCCUCAACCAGUCGCACAAACGUGGGACUUCUCUGAAAAUUGUCGUUUUAGAAGCGCGAAAUCUUUGUAGUGGCGCAACUGGAAGAAAUGGUGGCCAUAUCAAAUGCUCGCCGUAUGUGGAAUAUGCGACACUCAAAGCGAGAUUUGGGGUGGAGCAUGCGAAGAAAAUACUCAAUUUUCAGCGUCGACAUUUGGCCGUUAUACUUGAUUUCGUGCAACAAAAUGAAGACCUGAAAAUUAGCGGGGCUCGAGAAGUACAGACUGUGGAUGUUUUUACCGACAAAACGAUGUGGAAUAAAGCGAUAAAAAUGGUGCAGGAGCUGAGACAGGAUGCCCCUGGCAUGGCUGAAGAUAUCGUGGUUCAUGACGGCACCGAAGCGUGUGAAGAACUUAAAAUCGACCCACAGCAUUGCUAUGGCAUCAUAACUUACAAGGCUGGAGCACUUUGGCCAUAUCGCUUCGUUACAGCUCUCUAUGCAUCGCUUCUCUCGACAUAUAGCGAUACCUUCUCCAUUGAGACCAACACUCCUGCAACUGAUAUCCAAGUCAAUCCAGAUAAUCCUAUGAGGCCAUUCACUGUUCAUACACCUCGUGGAGAGAUAACUGCAACCCAUAUUAUCCAUGCCACAGACGCAUUCGCAGCGAACCUUAUUCCUGGAUUGAAGGGCAAAAUAUUCCCCGUGCGAGGACACAUGACGGCGCAAGAGCCAGGAACUCUAUUUCCCAAGCUUGGCGGUGCUAGGUCAUGGAGCUUCGUCCACAAGCGCGGUUUCGACUAUAUCAGUCAACUUCCAGGAACGGGUGAGCUUAUGGCAGGCGGUGGCGUGGUUCAAUCACCAGAAAAGGGAUUGGAUGAAUUCGGCAUUUGGCGAGAUGACCGAAGCAGCUACGCUGUCCAGGCCUAUCUGGAUGGUCUCUUGCCCACGAUAUUUGGGGCGCACAACUGGGGGGCUGAUAACGGUGCCAGGGUGAAAAUGGCCUGGACUGGCUGUAUGGGAUUCACGCCGGACCUGCUGCCUUAUGUUGGCGUUCUGGACCAGAGAAUCACCCAACGAAAAGUCCGAACUUCGCGCUCGAGCAAAGAUGCAAAACCACCGGCAGAAUGGAUUUCAGCAGGCUUCCAGGGAGAGGGCAUGGUCCUAGCUUGGCUAUCUGGAGUCGCGGUUGGCUUGAUGUUAGUUGGAGAGGAGGACGAAGUCUUUGAACAGGCUCCGGGAAUACCAGGCGGUAAAAUUGCCGAGUGGCUGCCAGAAGAAUUUGUCUGCUCCAAGCGGAGGGUGGAUCGUCUAAAUGCGUCUGAUCUUGCGACUCUUCUCUAG